AUGGCUCUGACCGCCGAAGGAGGACUGAUGUUGUUGAUCAACUUCGCUGCGUUUACAGGGAAUUUGCUGAUGUGUUUUAUUUUGUACAAGAAGCCAAGUUUCCACACAACUGCAAACACAUUCACUCUGUCUUUGACCAUUUGUCACGUGUUUACCUCUUGCCUGGUCAUGCCGUUCACCGCGGGCUCACUGGUGGCGGGAGAGUGGAUGUUUGGACAGACUUUGUGCGACAUUCAGGGAUUCGUGUUCCUCGCCUUAACAUGGGUGCCAUUGCAGUUGCUGACAAUCAUGGUGGCGCGUCGAUAUUUAAACAUCACCCAGUUGUUAUUCCACAAUAAGUGGUUCUCGCUUAACCGAUCCACUGGAAUGGUUUUGACAAUCUGGGUAUUCGAUGUAGUCGUGCUGAUGUUUCUCGCAAUACUUGGUGGCACUGCGUUUCAAUUUUCUCCAAAACGAUCAUUGCUCUGCACUAGGCCCUUGAGCCGUGAAAACCAAACUGUAAACAUAUUUAAUACAGUGAUUACAUCGGCCCUUUACAUAGCGCUGUUAAUUAUCUCCAUCAUGACAUUGUGCGCUAUCAGAAGACAUGAAGCCACCUUUCGGGCUAGGAGAAGAAUUACCCCGUUCGACAUGAGAUCAGCUGCUGAAGCAAAGAUAACAGAUAAAGUUUUGUUAGCCCUUACAAUAGAAAUCCUUCUUAUUUGGAUGCCUUUUGUAAUAAUCAAGCUCGUGGAAUUUCCAACCCAGCCGGCAGUCAUGGCUAUUCCACGCCAGGCCCAUCUGGCUUCCACUUUUCUUUGGUUUGCUGUCGCUGUCCUUCACCCCGUCACAUAUGGGGCUUUGUACAGACCGUUUUCAAGAGAACUGCUGAGAAUUGUGCCGACUAGAUUGCGCCAAAAUAAGGCACAUGCUGAACAUGCCAUCUGA